AACUACAUUUCCCAGGAAUCCGUUCUCUAUGGGAUGCGUGGUUGGAGACAGUUUCUGUUGCUCCAGGAGAAGCGACUCCUGGGAUGCCCCUCUGAAUAAAGACGCUCAAAGUGCGGAGUGACUAGAAGGGAGCCAAGGCGGAAAGCUAGGGAACGGGAGAUAAAGUGGCCUCGUGAAUAGGAAUGCCUGCCCGAAUAUCAGAAUUGGAGAUCAUGGAUGAAGAUCGAUUAACUGAAGAAGUCUUGGAUAAGUUUGUUAAUUGUCAUGAACAAACAUAUGAAGAAUUUCUGAGCACUUUUACUCAUCUUUCAAAAGAGGCUAACGUGACCAAAAGAGGAGCAUUUGGAAAUGAUUCUUCAGAAAACGUAUUUCCUUCAGAAGAGGAACAGAUAGUGAUAGAUGAAGGCCAAAAAGUUGGCAGUACCUUUCAAGGUGAUCUGAAUCGGGCAGGAAAGGUGAAGGUGGACAAUUUCCUAGAUUUAGAAGAUUUGGACAUAGAUGAAGAGACUCAGCCCCAAAUGAGCAAGGAGUCUGAAAUAUUGCCAGAGUGUUAUGGGAUGAAAUCAGCCCUCCCAUUUCCUGUCUCUCCAUCCCUUAGGAAAAUACAGGGAAAUGAGGCAAAGAUUUGCUGCUGCUUCCAGGAGAAGUGGAGGAGGACGUCCACACACCUGUUCCACCUUACAUUCCUUCCGUGGCCCAGCCCUUCACCCCUGAGGUCGAGCUGGUGCCCACUGGGAGAGGGGCACACAAAGAAAUGGAAGAGGUACUUGGAGAUGAAGUUCAGCCCUUCUCACUUGAUGAAGAAUUUGAUUAUGAUGCUGUGACGCUAACCCCCAAGUUCACGCCUGCCGAGAGAGAGGCGAUCACGGAGCUAUCCAAGCAACAGAGGCAGAUCACCAACACAGGUUUAGAGGAACCCCACGCCUGAUUUCACCAAGACCUUUGUGUCAAUGUUUACUGUGUUGUUAUGCAAGCAGCAUCGGAAUAAAAGGUAGACCUACCAGAA